AUGGACCAUGCUGGGAUUUCUGCCCAAAGUAAAAUUGAAAAAUUAAAUCUGACUAAACUUGAUACUCGUGAAAAGAAAAGAGAAUAUACUUUUCAAUGGGAAAAAUUGGGUUUAUUGAUUGACUAUGAAAGAGCUAGUUUUACUCUUGACCCAGCGGUUCAAAAACAAUUAGAAAGUGUGAUUUCGGAUAUUGAAGUAGAACAUAAAGUGGCUAAAAGCAAACUUUAUUAUCUAAAAUAUCCUUUCCAAAAUAGUAAUGGCUAUUUAGAAGUAGCUACUAGCCGUCCGGAAACUAUUUUUGCAGAUGUGGCUCUAUUCGUUAACCCUAAUGACUCUCGUUAUCAAAACGUUAAAAUGGAUUUUGGCAGCGGGGUUUUAAAAUGUACGCCCGGACAUGACUUUACUGAUUAUGAAUUGGGGAAAAGGCAUCAACUUUCUAUAAUUAGUUGCUGUGAUGAAAAAGGCAUUUUAAAUGAACUAGCCGGUCAGUGGCAAGGUCAGGAAAUUAGUAGUAUUCGAAAAGUUUUUGUUCUAGAAUUAGAGAAAAAGGGUAUUUGUGUAAAAGUUGAAGAAUAUGAAACUAAUUUAGCCUAUUCUAUGAAAUCAGGAGCAUUAAUCGAAUCUCUUCUUUCCCGGCAAUGGUUCCUUGAUUUACCUAAUUUGAUUAGAAAGGUGGAGGAGAAGCAAACUAAUUUUUUGUCUCAAAUUGAAUUUGUGCCUAACAAAUUCCAAAAGGUUUUAGAAAGUUGA